AUGUCCCCCAAUAAACCCAGCCAUGCUUCAGGCCGGGACGCGGUUUUCUGGUCACAAGGAAUGAACGCAUAUCUUAUUGAUAGGCUGCUUUACCAUCAAGACAAUGGGAACAGGGGUGAGUCUAAAUUCUCAUCGGUGGCAUAUGAUAGCAUCAUCAAUGGUGUCGGUGAUAAGUUCGGGGUGACAAUUGACCGGAACAAUAUAAAAAAUCGCCUCAAGUAUAUCAAGGAAUCGUUCCAUGAGUGUAGGAACCUCCUUGGUGAAGAUAGUCGGUUUAAGUGGUGCUCAGAGACCCGAAAAUUCAAGGCUGAUCCAAAUGUUUGGAGGGAGUUGAUCCAGAGAAAACCGGAAGCAAAAAAAUGGAUGAUGAAGACAAUUGACCAUUAUGAUAGGUUAAUGCUGUUAUUUGGUAAGGAUAGGGAGAAACGUCCAGAUGUCGAGAAUUCAAAAGGUACUGCGAAGAAAAAGGCGCGAACAGAACCACCAAAGGGGAGACUUCAUCGUACUCCAUUAAAUGGCAAUGAGUCAGCUGUUGAUGAAAGUUUAGAUAAGAAGGUGGACAAAAUUGAGAUCCCUGAUGCGAGUAUAACAAAUUUGGAACUUGAUUUGUCAGAAUUGUGCAGAACUGAUAAUGGCAUUGUUGCCAUACCUGUUCGUGCCAAUUCAUAUGGUAAAGGUUUGCCCUAUGCUCCUGAAAAUUGGCCACACUCUGGAGACAUAUGGCACUGGAAAGUUGGAAGCAGGUCUUCUGGAGCAGGCCAUUGGGCUGACAGGUAUCUUAUGCCACCAUCCCGUUUUCGUGACGCUACUCCUAAGAAGUUACGAUUUGCAAGUAGAGUACAAGUUGAAGAAUUUGUUAAGAGAGAAUUUCCGGAUGUCGAUCCUAGCACAUUCUUUUCUAUGUUUAUCUGGAGGAUCCCUGCUGAAGGAUACAGGAUCCAAAAAGGCACCCAGCAAGUGUGGCACAAUGAACCUGAACCUGUGGUGGCUGAUCCAGGUGGUCUCUGCAAGGCUAGGAAUAGCUUGUGCAACCUUGAAAGAGAAGGUUUUGUUGAAUCAUCACCAGCACGGGCUUGUAAUAUCUGCUGCAAAGAGCCUGGUUUCUGUCGUGAGUGCUGCUGCCUUCUCUGUAACAAAACCAUUGACUAUUCUUUUGGAGGUUACAGUUUCAUAAAAUGUGAGGCAGUUGUGGAAGAGAACUUAAUAUGUGGGCAUUCUGCACACCUUAAUUGUGCUCUUCGAAGUUACAUGGCUGGAACUGUUGGGGGAGUUUUUGCCUUGGAUGUCCAAUAUUUAUGCAGGCUCUGUGAUAACAAAAUCAACUUAAUGACGCAUGUGGAGAAACUCAUGGAAACGUGCCAAUCUCUUGAAUCAAGGGAUGAAAUCGAACCUAUGCUGAAUUUGGGCUUAUGCCUCUUGCGUGGCUCAAAACAAAUGAGAGCAAGAAGCUUGGAGAACCAAAUGAGAUCAGCAAUGGAAAAGCUGGAAUGUGGAUUUGACCUUGCUGAAGUCUGGAAAUUUGAAGGUGACGAGGGCAGGGCAACACUCAGUGCAGGAGAGAAUUCCCCACCUACCAGUGGUGUGACUGUGCUUGGGGCUCACCAAGUUCCUGAAACGGGUGCACUUACAGGGCAUCCUGAUCUGAUAGAUCCACUGGGUGAUAAUGACUUUGAAACAGAUAUAGAAAAUCUUCCAGUGUUCAUUACUGGAGAUCAGAAUGUUGCGUCUGCCAAAUUUGAGGAUGAGAUAGAUCUUGCUCUUGAAGAACUGAAGAAAUCUCAGGAAAUGGAAUAUAACUUGGCAGAGCAGAAGCUUUACGCUCAGAAAGACCGCAUCCUCUGUCUGUACAGGGAGCUUGAUACUGAAAGGGCUCAGCUUGCAGAUCCCAUGCCCUUGUCUGAUGCUUCAAAUUAUGGCGCAAUGCUCGCUAAUGUUCUACGCCUUGUGGACCAAAUCAAGCGUGAUGAGGAGAAAUUUAAGUCCAUGCUGAAAGUUGCUGGUGGAUUUGCGAAAGCACCACCAAACGUCAUCAAGGAGCUGUUCGGGUUACCUGCUGAUAAGUAGUUCUAAUAUCAGACUUGCUUGGAACUUAGCUAUCGGUAGUUUACCAUAGAAUCGAACUUGGCUAUGCUGUUGUAUGUAGUUCUAAUAUCAGACUUGCUUGGAACUUAGCUAUCGGUAGUUUACCAUAGAAUCGAACUCCUAUGCUGUUGUAGCUGUUGUAGUUGCAUGAGUUGUACAUCCUACCAACGGGUUACCCCAUAAGUCUGGUUUGGACCUGCUUGUGUUAAGAGUCAUUAAAUGUGACGUUCUAAAUGGACCGAAUCUGAACCAUAUAAUCUGCUGUGGAUCCAGGCGACCAGGCGAUAAUUAUGUUA